AUGGAGAAAUACGGUGAAGCAAAGGAAUCGGGUACUGAGAGAGAGAGGCGAUUGUCGGCCUUUGAUGCUAUAUUGAAUGAAUAUAAGGCUAGCCAAGACCCAUCUAAGAAUAUCAGACUGAUUGGAGGUCAUACAACGUAUGAAGGCAACGUUGAGGUACGGCUAAGGAAUGGCAGUGUCUGGGGGGCUAUAUGUGACGACUCCUGGGACGAACAAGAUGCUGAAUUGGCCUGUCGGACCCUGGGUUUUCAAGGUUCUUUGGGGGCCACUUCGAACAGCUUCUUUGGGGAUACGUCGGAUGAAUACCACCUGGAUGAGGUUCGAUGCAAGGGAGGUGAAAGCGAUAUCUUCGAGUGUUCUCAUCUUCCGUUCGGUCACCACAACUGUGAGGAAGGAGAGAUUGCCGGGGUUCAUUGCAUACCAGGUGGGUGUUUCAGAAAGCUGUUCUUACAAUAUUAG